CUCCUGAGCUCAAGUGAUCCGCCCACCCCAUCCUCCCAAAGGGGUGAGAUUACAGGCGUGAGCCACUGCGCCCGGCACACAACUCCUAUUGAGGGAAAUCCAGUUACAUCUUGUAAAGUUAAAUAGGAUUCCACAUCUAGAACUCCACUCCAAAGAUAGGCUUCUACAAAUACAAAAUAACAUAUGCAUAACGUUAUUCAUCGCAGCAUUAUUUAUGAUAGCCAAAAAACCUGGAAAUAACCGAUAUGUCCAUCAAUAACCUGUUUGAAUAAGCUAUGACACCUCCAAUCAGUGGAGCGCUAUGAAGCUAAAAAAAGGACUGAGGAGACCGCUGUACCCUGAUAUGGAUCGUCAAGUGAAAAGAGCAAGUUAAGGAACACUGUAUAUACUUCCUUUUGUGUAAGAAAAGGAGCAGAUACUCUGUUUAUUUGUGUCGUCAAAAAUAAACAAUAGAAAGUAUCAUUAAGUUGCACCACACUUAAGUGCCUUCUAAUGUGAUGCAAUAUGAAGUAUUUUCCAAAAAAAAAAUCUGAACUAGAAUCUAAUAAAGCUUUUAGAUACAGCUUUCAGCCUAAAAGAAAUAUGGGGAAAGCAUGCACAAGUUAAUGAGAAAGGACAUUGAGGAACCAAACCCAGAAGGCUGUAGGAAAAUAAGAAAACUAAUCCAUAUAACAAACCAACGGCACGAGAGAGAAGGGAGAGAAGCUAUUCUAGAGUAAAAAAGACAUAAAGCGUUAACAACGAAUUACAAUGCUGGACAAACCAACUGUAGAAACGACAUUUUGAGAUAAUCAAGGAAUUUGACUACAGACUGACUACUAAAUGAGGCUGUACUGCCAAAACACAAUUCCAAGAGAGAAGGAAUCUGCGCGUGGGAACCCCAGGCCCCUUCCCCACUGCGAGGAGCCAGACGUCCCUCCGGAGCCGCGCCGCCCCUCGCUCUACUCCCCAAGCGAAAGCCGCGGGACGUCGCAGACGCACUGACUCCGCCUUCCACCAAUCUCGACCCUCGCCGCGUUCCGUUCGUGCGUGGAGCAGUCGGGACUGGAGGCUAGGCCGCUGGGCGGGCAGGGGCUGUGGCGCGGCCAGCGGCGGGCCAGCGACGGCGCGAAUGGCGGACUCACAGCUGUUCUGCGUGGCGGAGGAACGCAGCGGCCACUGCGCCGUGGUGGACGGAAACUUCCUCUACGUGUGGGGGGGCUACGUGUCUAUUGAAGACAAUGAAGUAUAUUUGCCUAAUGAUGAAAUUUGGACCUAUGAUAUUGAUAGUGGGUUGUGGAGAAUGCACCUCAUGGAAGGAGAACUCCCAGCCUCCAUGUCAGGAAGCUGUGGUGCUUGCAUUAAUGGAAAGCUGUACAUUUUUGGAGGAUAUGAUGACAAAGGAUACAGCAAUCGACUUUAUUUUGUUAAUUUACGAACACGAGAUGGAACCUACAUUUGGGAAAAAAUCACCAACUUUGAAGGACAACCACCCACACCACGUGAUAAACUUUCCUGCUGGGUAUAUAAAGACAGACUAAUAUAUUUUGGUGGUUAUGGGUGUAGGAGACACAGUGAACUCCAAGACUGUUUUGAUGUUCAUGAUGCAUCUUGGGAAGAGCAGAUAUUCUGGGGAUGGCAUAAUGAUGUCCAUAUAUUUGACACAAAGACACAGACUUGGUUUCAACCAGAAAUUAAAGGUGGAGUUCCACCACAGCCACGAGCCGCGCAUAUGUGUGCGGUUCUUGGAAAUAAGGGUUAUAUCUUUGGCGGACGUGUUUUGCAAACUAGGAUGAAUGAUUUGCACUAUCUAAACCUAGACAACUGGACUUGGUCUGGAAGGAUUACUAUUAAUGGAGAAAGCCCAAAACAUCGGUCAUGGCAUACUUUAACACCUAUAGCUGAUGAUAAACUUUUCCUAUGUGGUGGAUUAAGUGCAGAUAAUAUCCCAUUAAGUGAUGGUUGGAUUCAUAAUGUCACAACAAAUUGUUGGAAACAACUUACACAUUUACCUAAAACAAGACCUAGGUUAUGGCACACAGCCUGUUUGGGAAAAGAAAAUGAAAUAAUGGUAUUUGGUGGGAGCAAAGAUGACUUACUUGCCUUGGAUACAAGCUUUUCGCUACUCAGGUCAUGCCUUGACUGCAUUGGUAAAAAUUCUAUCAUGUUAGAAAGUCAGAUAUCUUUGUUACCUCCUAAACUUCUGCAACAAGUACUCAAAAAAAUAACAUUUUGGGCUGCAGCUAAUCACCGAGAAGAACAAAGAGUCCAAAAAGAAGAAACAGAAAAGAAGUAUCAGUGGAUCAGUAGCAAUUAAAUUGUUAUAUACUCUACAUAUUUAGUAUGUCUUAACAUUUUAAUCAGACUGUACAUUUACACUCCCAAAUUGCAGGCUCUAUUUAAAGGAUAAAAUUUGGAAUACAAAUACUCUGUUAAGUGACUGUAUGCCAUGGGAUAUAUGAAAAAAAGAUGUUAAUGCAGAUUAAUUUAUAUUUGUAAACAAAUUCCCUUACAAGCUACAGAACAAUUAUUCUUUCUGAAAGUAAGUACAGUUAUAACAGAUUUUAACUCAAAUAUGUAUUCUUUACUGGAAAGAUUACAUACAUUUGAGAAUAAGAAAUUACUCUCAAGAACUUCAGACAUCCCCAACGUAAUUUCAUAAAUAUAUAAAUACAUGUAUGUAUGCGAAAACACUACAUAUACACUUUCAGAAAGAAUAAACUUUCUCAAGUCAUUUUGAAGUUACCUAAGGUUCUCCUUGAAUAACUAAUACAGUGGGCCAGAUAUUAUAAAAUAGGCAAACACCAGAAUGGUAUUAAAUAAUGAACUCCUGCCCUUUUCAACACUUACCUAGUAAAGUAUUCUUAGGCAUCAUCAUAACUUUUCCUCACCUUUAUUCGAAUAGAGGAAUAAAUGUCAAUUGUCUCUCCAUUACCCCUAAGUUAUUAGUUUGUCUAGUUUAUAUAUAAAGACUAUGCUUUAAAGUACAUAAAGUGGAGGUUUAUUUAUCAUACAGGCUUUGAAACAUUGAGAAGCAGUAUUUUUAUUAACUUUUUGAGACAUAUUAAAAUACAUUUUGCCUUAGAAGACUGCUUCUAAAGUAAUUUUUGUAAGUAAUGAGAUGGGAUGGUAAUCUAGUAAUUUGACUUUAUAGAAACCCCUCAGUUUGGCCCACACCAUUCCACAGAGUUGUGCUCAAGACGGAUACUGAAAAAAUCUCAUACCUUCCGUUUUAUUUUCAGCAUUACCAUCUCUACAGAAAUAGAACACUGUAUCUUUAUAUUCCUAAAAAUGGUACUUUUGGCAUAAUUAAGAAAUUUUUCUUCAUAUUAUCACAAUCAUGCCCUUCCAUUGAAUUACUAAUUACAAUUAAUUACUAAAAAGCUUGGUAUAUGAAAUUAUUCUCCACAAUAUUACCAUGCAAGUUAUCUCUGAAAUUUAAAAUGUUAAAGAAAAAUAUUUCUAUAUUGAAAUAUAUAUAAUUUAUAAAUGAAAAUUAUAGUAGUUUGUAGUAUUUCAUUGAAUUUUAGAGAGAUAUUUCAUAUAUAUUUACUGUAUUUUGGAUGUGUAAAGCUUCUAUUUAUGUAUUGAAAUAUUUUUUUACAUUUUAUUUAUUGUACAAAGUAUAUGUGAUUACUGUCUUCGUUUUUGUCAGUGUAAAGCAGUCAUUAGAAUUGAUUGUACAAAAAAUA